AUGAACAAGCCGCCGCGGCAAACAUCAACUAGCCGUGGUGGUGGCUCUUCGGGCGACAAGAAGCAGGCGGAGGGAGACCGGAACCUUGUUAAACACAUUGGAGGUGGAGGGGCGGCAACCGCAGUGGGGGCGGCGGCAGCACCGACACCGGCACCGGCACCAGCGGCAGGUGGGAGAGCAGGCGGCGGUGGCGGCGGAGGCGGCACGAAGGGGGGUAAGCGCGGCGGGGAGGCCGGAGCGCCGGCGUCUUUCUUGAACAAGCUGUGGAACAUUCUCAACGAGCCACACCUGUCGAAGCACAUCACUUGGAACCAGGAUGGCGACGGCAUCGUGGUCAAUCACCCAGCCCAGUUCGCGAAGGCCGUGCUCCCGAAGUACUACAAGCACAAUAACUACCAGUCCUUCGUCCGCCAGCUCAACAUCUACGGCUUUCAUAAGACGCGGCACGACGAUGACGGCGACGAGGAGUCGUGCGAGUUCCAGCACCAAAACUUCAGGAAAGGACAGCGACACCUCCUGGGCCUGAUCCGCCGGAAAGCUCACAGCACAAGCGUGGCGGCCCAGGAAACGAAGGGAAGCGUGGACCGCAUCGCCGUCGAGCUUCGGGCCAUGUGUAACAGAGUGACGCACCUGGAGGCCGAGAUGGGCAUGAUCAAGCACCGCCACAACCACCUCCGAGUUGAGAGCCGGGCUUUGUUGCGGCUUCUCCUGUCGGAAGGGGGGCGGCGGCUAGAGGAAAAGGCUCUGGCGGUGCUUGGACAGUUGCCCCACACAUCGGGCGAGGCAGAGCUGUCGGGGCUGCCGUCCGUCGUACUUCAUCCGGAGGACCACGAACAAGAACAGCAUCACCACCAACAUGACCAACAUCCCCAACAUGACCAACACUACCAGUACACGGACGAGAGAGGACCAAUCCCGAUGCCGGAGGAACCCCCCGCCCAUUUCCGCGGCAGCGACCUCGGCGGCGAGCGUUUCGGGGCGGGAGGCGCGGCAGAAGUCGGGGACCCCACGGCGAGGGGAGGAGGGGUGGGCGCCGCGAGGUACUCCAGGAGCGGCGCCGCGCUCGCGAGCGUCGUCGCAGCCGCCCUGGCUAGCAAUGCGAGCGAGGAGGACGGCGAGGCUGAUGGCCGCAGCACCGGAGCCUCCUCUGGGGCUCUCCACGACCCGCCACGACCGCGUCUCGGCGGUCCGGGGCGGGAGACAGCUUGGGGAGGGAUGGCGCCGAACGUCGACCUCUCGUCACCAAGCCGCGGUUUGGCCACUGCGACGUUUUCUGGCCCGGCCGCCGCUGGCUCAGGAACCGGGGCUGCCGAGUUCGGCGGCUCUGGCAAUGCCAGCUUCAAUGGCAGCGAGGAGGGUGCGGCGCGGUUAUCCUCGGACGCGGCAGCCGCAAGCAAAGGUUCUCGCGCACCUCCGGUCGACGAUCGGGGCCGUUCAACGACAGCUGUAGCACGGGCGGCAGAACCGGCGGCGGCGGCGGCGGCGGCGGGAGGGGGCUCGCUCCCCCAAGGCUCUUCACCGCGAUGUAGCUACUUGUACGCGGUUCGUGGGGGAAGAGAGCAGGUGGAGGCAGGGAGAGGGGGAGUGAGGGCGGGGAAGCGAUCAAUCAGGGGGAGUGGGGAAGGGGGCACCCCCGGAGAAAGGGGUGGUGGGGGAGGGCAGAACGGAGCGGAUCAUUCGGGAACUGUGGCAAGGGGUAAGCGAAGAGCUGUGUGA